AUGGGCAACAAAACACAAGUGGGGGGAGACUUUCCUCAAGGGAAUUUUUUUUUUUGUGGGUUGACCACCACACAGCAUAACGAAGGUAUUAAUGCAGUGUUGAAGAGGAAAGUGAAUGAAAAUAUGAAGUUGUACGACUUUGUUCGAACCAUUGACAUGGCUACUUCAUGGGUUCGACAUGGACAUCUAAAAGGAGAUUAUCAGUGUUUACACACGAAUCCUGUUUUGGGAGUGACAAAUUUGCCUAAAAUAGAAGCAGAGUUAUCUAAAAUCUAUACAAGGAACAUGUUUUACAAAGUUAGACAACAAAUGUCCCGGGAAGGUGAUGACCGAGUUAGUAGUUUGGAAAACGACGAGGAGGGGACUAUUAUGGAACUGCAGAAGUAUGGAGACAAUAGGUAUAGGAGAUUCGUGUAUGUGACAGUUGGGUGUGAUUUUUAUGUUUGUGAGUGCCAACACUUCAUUUCAUUUGGCAUACCAUGUCGUCAUAUAUUCGCAACCAUCAAACGCCUUAAUGUAAUUGAGAUGCCAAAGUCACUUAUAUUGACCCAGUGGACACUAGAAGCUGGGCUGAGUACUACGCAGCCAGAGCCCACCAAUUACCCCGAUAAGGAGUCUGAGGUUACGAGAAGAUUUGGUGAACUUAGUAGUAUUUUAAAUGAAGUAGCGUACCUCAGAAGUCAAAGUCAGGCAGCGUAUAGAGAAGCUACCCUUCAAAUUCAGAGGAUUUGUGUUGGACUGAAGGAAUCAUUGCACAUAGGAGGAGACAUAGGGAAGAGCAAGUUGCCGCUGAGGAGGCAUUCAGAAUUUAAGGUGGCCAAUCCAGACUUCACCAAGACAAAGGGAACAGGGAGGAUGGCCGGGUCUAGAGCAGGUGUUGGGCGGAAGUGCAGUGUCUGCAAAAAAUUAGGCCACAACAAGUUGACAUGUCCAAGCAAAGUCAAGAAAACAGAGAAAGCAGGGGAUCAUGAGGAUUCAGCAUAUGAUGAUGAACAAUCACAAUUGGAGGGAGAAGAAGAUGUGAAUUGGACAGCAGAAACCACCAUGGAUAUGGAACGUAAUGAGAGGGAUGGAACACCAGAGUUGCAGAUUGAUGGGAAUGAGGAAGUAAAUGUUGAAAUGGAAGAGCAUGAAGAGUCUGAGAACAUGAGAAAAUUUAACUUGUGGGGCAGUAUGUGGGCACUUUAA